ACAGGGUCAAAGAAGACAAGGGAAAGUUUGGCAAGAAGCGCAGAUGGGGUGGCGUUAUGCUUAAAUUCCAGAAGGAAAGCACCGGGAUUCUUCCAGUAAAAGCUUCAACUUCCCACACUGAAGCUGAGAGCCUCCCAAAGUGCUGGCUACCUGCUGAGCGCCCCUGUAACUCUGAGACAGUGGUAAUUUGACCCUCUGCAAUUGCCGUCUGCUUCCUGCCAAAGUCCUUUCCGUGACUGCUGACCCUUGGGUGUGCCUUUGAGCUGCUGACUUCCAGCUGGAACUUGAAGGGACCCCCAACCUUGAGACACUAUGGCCCUGACCUCAGAAUUGGGGAAACAGAUAAAACUGAAAGAGGUGGAAGGGACCCUCCUGCAGCUUGCAACUGUGGACAACUGGAGCCAGAUCCAGAGCUUCGAGGCCAAACCAGAUGAUCUCCUCAUCUGCACCUACCCUAAAGCAGCCUCAGGGACAACGUGGAUUCAGGAAAUUGUGGAUAUGAUUGAACACAAUGGGGAUGUGGAGAAGUGCCAGCGAGCCAUCAUCCAACAGCGCCAUCCUUUCAUUGAGUGGGCUCGGCCACCCCAACCUUCUGGUGUGGAAAAAGCCAAAGCAAUGCCCUCUCCACGGAUACUAAAGACUCACCUGUCCACUCAGCUGCUGCCACCAUCUUUCUGGGAAAGCAACUGCAAGUUCCUUUAUGUAGCUCGAAAUGCCAAAGACUGUAUGGUUUCCUACUACCAUUUCCAAAGGAUGAACCACAAGCUUCCCGACCCUGGUACCUGGGAAGAGUAUUUUGAAACCUUCAUCAAUGGAAAAGUGGUUUGGGGUUCCUGGUUUGACCAUGUGAAAGGAUGGUGGGAGAUGAAGGACAGAUACCAGAUUCUCUUCCUCUUCUAUGAGGACAUAAAGAGGGACCCAAAGCAUGAAAUUCAGAAAGUGAUGAAGUUCAUGGGAAAGAACUUGGAUGAAACAGUGCUAGAUAAAAUUGUCCAGGAGACGUCAUUUGAAAAAAUGAAAGAAAAUCCCAUGACAAAUCGUUCUACAGUUUCCAAAUCCAUCAUGGACCAGUCCAUUUCCCCCUUCAUGAGGAAAGGAACUGUGGGGGAUUGGAAAAACCACUUCACUGUUGCCCAGAAUGAGAGGUUUGAUGAAAUCUAUAGAAAAAAGAUGGAAGGAACCUCCAUAAACUUCUGCAUGGAACUCUGAGCAAGAUAUAAAUAAAAUUAAAAGGUGGAUGGCAAGAGUGCAAAUACUAUCUUCAAUUCUUCAGUCCCAGCCAGAAGAAUCUCUGAAAGCCUACUGUGAAUGUAUAUGAUGUGGUACAAACUAUGUCUAUGAUGAUUAACACUAUGUCACCACUUCACUUUUAAAAAAGGAUCACGUCUAAUGUCCAUUUUCUCAACUAUUCUUUCCAAAGUAAGAAAUAAGAUAGCUUAAUAAACUAAGUAAAACAUAUGACUUGAAUAUUAAAAAGAUUGUUUUAAUCCCCAUUAUUCUAGAAAAUGUGUCCUAGUCCAAAUAUUAGGUUAUGUCUAUAUUAAUAACAAAAUUUCUGGCAUCUGUCCUGGCCAUUCAAGGAAAUCCAGCCUGGGCUGAGUCCUGGAGUUCUGCCAGGUCUCAGGAACACUUUGAGGGCAACUGUGGUGCAGCCAGCCCUGAGGAAACAUGGCCUGAGUGCUCUCACUGGCAAAUGGGAAUAAAUGGAAGUGCACAGAAGAGGUGUCAGAAAACCAAAACCUGGUUAAUCGUCCUAGUGCUAGGUCAUGUAGAAAACAGAAAGCAUGAUGGUGGCCUUUUAGGAACCCAAGUUAUAUCCUGGUGAAAGCAGAAAGGAGAAGACAGGAUGGCUGGCAACAGUGUCAUCAUGGGCAUGGCUCUCAGGCGUGAAGGUAAUUGGGUCUUGGCUUCAAUGCUACCCGUUUGGGAAGCCCUAAACCAAGUGAGGUGUUAUUUUCCCCCACUUCCCAUGUUUGUCCCAGUUGCAGGCCUGUUGUUGUGCAUUUACUUAUCAAUUUCUUAUCUGUUCCUCUCACUCAAUUGUUAAUUCUUUGGGGUUCAGUCUCAUGCAGUAUUUACUCCUAGUACCUAAUGCAGUGCCUGGCACACAAUAAGUGCCCUUGAGAACUUGUUGAGGGAGUAAAAGAAUGCAUGGAUAAAUGACUACAUCAAAUGACAAAUUCUCAACUUUGACACUUUUUUUUUAGUCCCAAACAGUGGCAUUCUACAGCUUUGGGUAGUAAGAGCACUUCACCCUGGGAGCAGGCAAUCAGAGGAAGCAUAAAGCCAACUAAAAUUCUGACUGUUUUUUGUUGGAUUUUGGAAAGUAUUCUUUUUUUUUAACAGGGACUCACUAUGUUGCCCAGGCUGGUCUCAACUGACUGCUUUUUAUUAUCACCAUACACUGGCAAUUCCAAACAAUGUCGAUGUUAAAAUACUUCUCCCUGAAAAAAAGAAAAAAACUCCUCUUGUCCUAAGUUCUAAAUAAUAGCUAGGUUACUACUGAGUUUUAACUAUAUGCAUGUGAGCUUCAAAUAAGCAUCUUUUUAUUAUGUAAAUAAAUAAAAGUGAUCUGCAUCCCCACUAUAUUGUAAAUUUUUGUUGUUUGGUUUCAUGUCUUAUUCACCUUUGUACGGAAAUUAAUUCAGAAACCCCAGGCAUAGAACCUACCUUUAUAAUUGCAACAGGUAGAUGUAGCUCUGCCUGCUUCCUUCCAAGGUUAAGUUCAUAACAGUUCAGAAUCCUUCAAGCUCACUUCAGGUAUAACCUGUGUCUCCAACCCUGCAGUAUUUGGAUAUUGCUGUUUAAACAGUAGAUUUGCCAUAGGUGAUGAUGGCACAAUGAUUGUAAAGGAAAAGAAGCAGAACACCUGAGUUUGUGCAAUACUCUUAUUCUCUGAAAUGACUUGGGGUUUUCAGUUGUAUCCAAAAUAUAAAACAGUAAAAUUUCAGAGUGUGAACAGCAACAUUUACAUCCUUGUUUAGUAAGUACAAAGUUGUGUUCAUACAGGAAGUUCACAGACUUUGAAUAACUUUAAAAAUGAAAUUUACUCUUUUCUAAGUGUUAAUUAUUUGUUUUAAAAUUUAAGAAUGAAUCAAGAAAAUAAGACAUUACACCAGUGGUAUAAUUUAGUAAUUAUCUGACUUGUACUUUUUGUAGACAUUUUAAUUUUAUUAAAUUGGCAUUCUGAUUUUUUUACUGGCAUGAGUCUAUACACAAGGUUGAACAAAAGAAAAGUUUCACUGA